CCUGAAACAUCAACCACCAGUGCAGCAGAAACAUCUACAACAACAGAGACUACCACAAUCACAACAACUGCUCCUGAAACAUCCACCACCAGUGCAGCAGAAACAUCUACAACAACAGAGACUACCACAAUCACAACAACUGCUCCUGAAACAUCCACCACCAGUGCAGCAGAAACAUCUACAACAACAGAGACUACCACAAUCACAACAACUGCUCCUGAAACAUCAACCACCAGUGCAGCAGAAACAUCUAUAACAACAGAGACUUCCACAAUCACAACAACUGCUCCUGAAACAUCAACCACCAGUGCAUCAGCAACAUCUACAACAUCAGAGACUUCCACAAUCACAACAACUGCUCCUGAAACAUCAACCACCAGUGCAGCAGAAACAUCUACAACAACAGAGACUUCCACAAUCACAACAACUGCUCCUGAAACAUCUACAACAACAGAGAUUUCCACAAUCACAACAACUGCUCCUGAAACAUCGACAACAACAGAGAUUUCCACAAUCACAACAACUACAACAACAGAGACUUCCACAAUCACAACAACUGCUCCUGAAACAUCAACCACUAGUGCAGCAGAAACAUCUACAACAACAGAGACUUCCACAAUCACAACAACAGCUCCUGAAACAUCAACCACCAGUGCAGCAGAAACAUCUACAACAACAGAGACUUCCACAAUCACAACAACUGCUCCUGAAACAUCAACCACUAGUGCAGCAGAAACAUCUACAACAACAGAGACUUCCACAAUCACAACAACUGCUCCUGAAACAUCUACAACAACAGAGACUACCACAAUCACAACAACUGCUCCUGAAACAUCAACCACCAGUGCAGCAGAAACAUCUACAACAACAGAGACUACACCAAUCACAACAACUGCUCCUGAAACAUCAACCACCAGUGCAGCAGAAACAUCUACAACAACAGAGACUACCACAAUCACAACAACUGCUCCUGAAACAUCCACCACCAGUGCAGCAGAAACAUCUACAACAACAGAGACUACCACAAUCACAACAACUGCUCCUGAAACAUCCACCACCAGUGCAGCAGAAACAUCUAAAACAACAGAGACUUCCACAAUCACAACAAAUGCUCCUGAAAUAUCAACUACUAGUGCAGCAGAAACAUCUAUAACAACAGAGACUUCCACAUUCACAACAACUGCUCAUGAAACAUCAACCACCAGUGCAGCAGAAACAUCU